AUCCAGAGGACGCAUAAGUGAUGAACGCUGGCCGGUGUGGUUAACAGACAUGUGGUACUGCAGAGCGCAGAGCUUGACAGAUAAAUCAGGAGCUAUGAAGCUGCUGCCGGAAAAUAUCAAAGUGCUUUAUUUUGCCAGUGUGGAGCCGUAUGUCGAGAUUAUCACGGUGAAGGACCCCAAGCGCCGCCUGAGUUUGUGUAGCUCGGAGGACUCUGAGGUAGAGGAGCCUGAGUACCAGGAGGAAGACGACAACGUUCUUCCUGUCCUGGGCGACCAUAGCCAGCUGCUGGAUGACCACCACCUAAAGAGACUUGCAGCACACAUGCCGGCGAGGACCCAGGGCUAUCCAUGGCAACUGGUGUACAGCACAGCCAUCCAUGGGAGCAGCCUGAAGACUCUGUACAGGAACAUGGCUGGUCUGGACAGCCCUGUGCUGCUGGUCAUCAAAGACAUGCAUGAAAAGGUGUUUGGGGCUUUUUCUUCCGAUCCGUUCAGAGUCAGUAAAUACUGUUAUGGCACAGGAGAGACCUUCCUGUUCAGCUUCAACCCUGACUUCCAGGCAUACAGGUGGAGCGGAGAGAACUCCUACUUUGUGAGUGGCAACCUGGAAUCUCUGCAGAUUGGUGGAGGAGGGGGUGGAUUUGGUCUGUGGCUGGAUGCUGAUCUGUACCACGGUUCAAGCUUUUCCUGUCCCACCUUCCACAACGCGUCUCUCUCCACGCAGGAAGACUUCAACGUACAAGACCUCGAAGUCUGGACAGUGCAGAACUGAGAGAGAACGUCUGACAAGAUGAGACAAAAACACAGUAGAACCCACUGUCCGGUCUGGAGGUACAAAACACCAGAUUUUGAGGAGUGCAUGUGGUGUAGCCAUUACUGUACAAAACCUGAUAGAGCAGUUGCGAUUAUCUGUGCACCUGCCUCAGAUUAGCCCAUACAGUAUGAGGUCUGCUCCCGGGAUUCUUGGGCUGGACUCUCUGCUAAUGCUGGUUCGAUCUGUGCCUGUUAAAGACAAGUGGCUGGAUGCAAUCCUGCGAUUCAGGGUCCUGCUGCUGUAAACUACUGGCUGUUCAUCAGUAGCCCUGUGCUAAGCCCAGUAAGUAACUGGCAUCUGAAGCUUUAAGCCCUCCAUGCCCUCCUUUGGCUGUGGAGAGCAUUAUAAUACAAAGUUCACAGUAACACUGUUGGAUAAAAGGUUUGCAACAACUGUAAGCACAUUCAGGAUUUAAGGAAAAUGCUGUUUUUUAAUUUUCUGUCUAACGACCAAAUGUGUUUGUGAAAUUUUAAAGUGUGUGUUUUCAGUACAUAUCUCUGUGUGUGUAUAAGUGUGCUCAUCUUCUGUUUGCUCUCAUGGCCCCAAAGUUUAGACAUACUUGACACAUUAAGGGUCAUAUAAAUAUUUAAGACAAAAAAAGGUUCACUCUUAUAUAAUAGGACACACACUGGCCUAUCUGGAUGCUAAUCAAGUUUUUUUUUUCUUAAAUGAGGUCUGGUUUAAAUGUCGAACUACAAGACCUGUCCGUUCAGGUUAAUAAAUAAAAGUACAGAGUUGCACUAUAAACAACUAAGUAUCUGUGAUGUGUGACGUUCGUGGAGGAAGGGACCUCAACUGUUAACUGUCACUUCUGUUUUUUGAAGGUGACACACCUGCCCGUCUAUUUGCAGAUACGGAAAAUAUUUUUCAGGAAGACUCAAGAUUACAUUUCAGAUCUUUCAAAUCUUUUUACUAUCUAUAUAUUUAAAUGUAUUUUUUAUGAAAACUCAAGCAGAAAAGCAAAGCAACAUUUCAUGUUGUUCCUUUUUGUUUGUUUAACAUUUCUUUAUGUUUGUGUGUAAAUCAGAUCCUGCAAGGCAGUGCUGGCGCUGCCAAUAUUGUUUUGUGGAACCACAUUAAAACUUUUUUCUUUCCUGGUGAAAAACAAGAUUUUUAUAGAAUUCAUAUUUUAUUAUGAAUAAACCCUUAAAACAUCA